AUGGCAAUUGGGGCAGUUCUCUACGACAAUAACUUUUCAUAUCGCAAGAAUGCCAUUGCCUGGGUUCGCGAGGCUGAAUUAUGGUUGUCUGUGCCGCGAUCAAAAUCUCGAUUGACAGUGUCAGGAUUGCAAAUAAUGAUACUCUUGUGCAUCGCUCGAGAAACGACCGGGCUUGGCGCAGACUUGAUCUGGAUAACUGUCGGUUCAUUGCUGCGGGCAGCCAUCAGCAUGGGCUUCCAUCGUGACCCCAAAAGGCUGCCAAGAACGUCCCUAUUCCAGGAAGAGAUACAUCGCAGGCUAUGGAACACCAUUCUCGAGGUACGUCAAACCACUUGUCCCAAGGUGCCACCGGUCUAUCGAUCAGAUGCCAUCCCCACUGCCAUCGCUUUACGGUACAUGUUGCCCGUCAGACUCCAUGUUGCCAAAUUCCUCAAUGAUCUCAAUCCGAGAAGACAUCAGUAUGAUGAAGUCAUUCAGCUUGAAGUAAGUCUGCGCGAUGCUUACAAGCAGUUGUGCAAAUCUAUCCAAGGGCUACAAAACAGUAGUCUUUCGCCUUUUGAUUCUCAAUUUCUGGAUUUCAUUGUUCGCCGUUAUUUUCUUUCUCUCCAUGCCCCAUGGUUUGGGAAGUCUCUCCAAAAUGCAGCUUUUGCCCAUUCUCGAUGGAUGGUGGUGGAAACGGCGACCAAAAUCUGGCACAUGGUUUCCAUGGAUGGCGACUUGGCCCUCUUUACCAAAUGCGCAGCCGGCUUCUUUCGAUCGGUUCCAAUACAGGCUUUCUUGAGUGUUGCCAUUGAGAUCCUGACCCAGCUGGAGGAAGACGAGAGUCUUGGCCCCAAAACGCUGCGACCUGACUUGCUGGCGAUUCUGCAUGGGUCGAGAGAUUGGAGCUUGGCGCGGGUUGAGACUGGAAGCACCAACAUUAAGGGGUACAUGUUGCUUUGUGGUUUAAUUGCUCAUAUCGAUGCCAGGCGCCAAAGUCUACCUAGCGAAGAAGUGCAUAAAGCCUUUGCUCGCAAUGUUGAAGGGGCUUUACAUACGUGUAUGUCGGUUCUUCAAGGCAUCAGCCAGAAAGAGCGCCCUCAAGAUGAGCCAAUCGAAGUCAAUGACGGGUGGGAAAUGACAGGUUUGGAAUCCGUCGUCGCAGAUGUUGAGUCAUUUUUCACAUUUGCCCCAGGCUGGCUGGUGACAGACACGCCACCGGACCUGACCAUUUGGCAGUAG